AUGGCCAAUCGUGGAAGCCUCGCUGUCUCUGAAACACAACCUAUUUUCAGUGUUCUCUUCCCUUCAUAUAACUUCUCUCUCUGUCCUUUCUCUUCGUCCCGUUCGCUUCCACUAGCUCUCGAAAACGGUGAUCGUGUUGGUUCACUGAAAAAAAAAAUGAGGAAUUCCCUCACAAGGAGUAGGAAAGGCUGCAGCAAGGUCAUGUCGAUAGAAAUCGAGGAUAUCCGUGAUGCUGAAGAGUCCAAAGCCGUUGAUGAGUUCCGUCAGGCUCUUGUCUUGGACGAACUACUUCCAGAGAAGCACGAUGAUUAUCACAUGAUGCUCAGGUUCCUUAAGGCCAGGAAAUUUGACGUUGAGAAAUCUAAGCAAAUGUGGUCUGACAUGCUUCAAUGGAGGAAGGAAUUUGGCGCUGACACCAUCGGCGAGGAUUUUGAAUUCAAGGAACUCGAUGAAGUGUUGCAAUAUUAUCCUCAUGGACAUCAUGGAGUUGAUAAGGAUGGGCGACCAGUGUACAUUGAGAGAUUGGGCCAAGUGGAUGCCACCAAGUUGAUGCAAGUCACAACCAUGGACCGCUACAUCAAAUACCAUGUCAAGGAGUUCGAGAGGACAUUUGAUGUGAAAUUCGCAGCUUGCUCCAUUGCUGCAAAGAAGCACAUCGAUCAAAGUACAACCAUCCUUGAUGUGCAAGGAGUGGGCCUAAAGAACUUCAACAAGCAUGCCAGGGAGCUCAUCACCCGCCUUCAAAAGAUUGACGGCGACAACUAUCCUGAAACCUUGAACCGCAUGUUCAUCAUCAAUGCAGGCUCUGGAUUCAGAAUGUUGUGGAGCACUGUUAAAUCCUUCCUUGACCCAAAGACCACAUCCAAAAUCCAUGUUCUUGGCAACAAGUACCAGAGCAAACUGCUUGAAAUGAUUGAUGAGAGUGAGUUGCCAGAGUUUUUGGGAGGCACCUGUACUUGUGCCGAUCAAGGAGGCUGCAUGCGCUCUGAUAAGGGCCCUUGGAAGGAUGAGGAAAUACUGAAGAUGGUUCAAAAUGGUGAGCACAAAUGUUCAAGGAGAUGUGAGGUUCCCGUCAUUGAAGAGAGGACAACUUCUGAGGAACACGAGACUGUCAAGUCGGAGGCAAAACUCACCACACAAAAGUCUUCUGCCAUUGCUGAGGUCGCUUCUUCCAAGGCUUACAAGUACGAGGACUUCGUCCCCGCAGCUGAAAAAACUGCUUGGAAAAAGGUGGAUAAGAAUGACAAAUUUGCUGUAUCCAAAGGUAGAAUUGAAAUUUCUUGGUUACCUCUAUUUUAUAGGAAGCAUAUUCCUAAUGAUAAAGACUUUUUAAAGUCAUCUUGUGUGGUGCCUAUGCCAAAUUACAACACAUGA